AUGACAGACAUGGAUGAGACGACGGAGAUUGAGAUUCUUACAGCUGAUGAUACGACGGAAGAGUUUGAUAUUGGAGUCGAACCACAAGAUGACGAUGACGACGUCAUGGAAGAUGUGGACAAUGAUGGAAGAAUCUCUGCAGAAGAUGCGGAUGUGCGGGAUGAUGCUGAUAUGGUCUUUCAUAAACACUCGAGUCCAGUCUACUCGAUCAAGGUGAACCCAGUGGAUUCAAGGAUUGUCAUUACUGGAGGAGGUGAUGACAUCGGUGUGAUCUGGAACCGUGAAGAUGGGAAUGUGCUCUACACACUGUCGGGUCACCAGGACACUGUGGUGAGUGUGGACUUUAGCUUUGACGGCAAGUAUGCGGCUACUGGCGGAUACGAUGGCAUUGUGAAGGUCUGGGAAGUUGCUACAGGCAAUUUGGUCAAAAAUCUUGAAGGCCCAUCGCAGGAGGUUGAGUGGGUGUGUUGGCACAAGAAGGGACAUGUGGUGCUGGCAGGAUCUAGCGAUGGCACCGUGUGGAUGUGGCUCGCGACGACUGGAGAUUGCAUGCACGUUUUUGCUGGACAUGAUGAUGGCGUCACUUGUGGUUCAUUUACUGGAUCCGGAAAGAUGAUCGUAACUGGCAGUUCGGACAUGACUGUGCGUGUGUGGAACCCGAAGACUGGCGAAUGUAAUCACGUGUUUCGGGGCCACGGUUUCCACGAAGGCCCUGUGACAUUCAUUGUCUGUCACUCGAGCCAACCGCUAGCAAUUUCUGGCUCCCAAGAUGGCACAGCCCGUCUAAUUCAAGUGCAAACGAAACGUGUCCUUGCAACGCUCUCGCACAAAAGCGCUGACUCGAGCAUCGCUAGAACUAUCAGCGAUAGUCCAAAUGCCACGGAGAACUCGGUGGAAUGCGGAGGAUUUUGUAACUCGAUGAACUGGGCCGCUACAGGUUGCCUGGGUGGACAUUUGCGUAUAUGGGACUUGGCAACUAAUCAGUGCCGCCACGUUUGCCGUCACCCUGCUGGCGUCAUUAAACUCUUGUGGCACCCCUUGCAGCCAAUUGUGUACUCGUGCACGGUAGAAGGCCUUGUUUACGCCUGGGAUGCCCGGACAGGAGAACUUUUGAAGACGUUGGCUGGCCACACUGAUAUGGUGCUUGACAUGGCUUUUGUCCCUGCUAUCGAAGGCAACUCAGUGACUGGGCUUCUUACGGCCAGCGAUGAUGAGUCUGUGCGACUCUUUUGCGUAGAAAAUUAG